AUGGAAUACAAGAAGCCUUCGCCUUCAGUGGACCCAAUAUUUGGUCAAGUGCCUGUGUUUGGACUAAACGACGAGGAUGUCAACCCAUUUGUGGUACAAUAUUUAAAGGAUGUUCGGAGAGAAGCUCUGACGACAAAUGCAACUAAUUAUAAGGGAGCCAAUCAAAAGAAUGCCAAGUACCUAGCCAAUAUAUAUGAUGACAGUGAUAAUGAUCAUAAUGAUUAUCGUCCACAUGAUUCAAACUCUGAAGGAAACUCAGAAGCUCGAGAUAUUGUGAACCCAAACAAAAGAAGUAUUGAUGACCUCAUCACACAACCUCCAUUUGACACCGAAGAGAACACGAAUAGCAAUCCUACUGAACAGACUACAUCUGACUUGCCCUUGAGACUGAAAAUUUUUGAUCAAAAUGUAAAUCAAUGGUUGACAUGGUUCAAGGAUAGCAAAACAGAAAUUCUAAAGUCAGCAUUCACGACACAAGAAUACGAUGACGAUAUUUUGAACCUACUUCUUUUUUAUCUAAAAGAACAUCUGACUGAAACCAAGACUUCUAACUCUGGUAUAGGGAGUCAUUUGCAGAACUUAUUGAAGAAUCAUAAAGUAAGUAAUGAGGUUUUGGCCCUCCAUUCAUGGACCAUUGAUGAAACAUGGGUUACUCCUACUUUAGCGAGACUAAGAUCUAUACGAAUCAGAGACAUUGAUGAUAUAAAGACAUGUCUUGUUGGGGACUAUAAGAACAAGAAACCCAGAAACUAUGAUCAAUGGACUCGUUUCAUUCGUGAAAAUGAUCCGAAUAGUUCUAUGUUUUCUACUAUGAUCACACAAGAUGAUAUCUGGAUCAUUCUUAAAUUUAUGAAACAAAAUUGGUUAAAAGUGAUGAUAAAGACACCUGAAAAAUCUGCAAGGACUGGUAUGUGGCUUUUAUAUGCGAUGUUCUAUCUUUCAGAAAAUCUCAAUUCUACCCAAAUAAGCACAUUGCGCGAUUUUGCCAAGAAAUGCCAACGUCUCUAUUUGGACAAAUUCAUCCUUCACUCUCCAGUCACUCAAGAGGACAAAAUACCUUCCCCUGUACUAAGACUCCCUUCAGAGAUGGUUGGCCUUGAGAUUUUGCAGCCCCAAGAAAAUCCGACUGUUGUUGAAUUGGUUCUACUAGUAGUAUCCGAAAUAUUUGGACAGAAAGAUUUACUCGAAUGGAGUGGUGUAGUCAAAAUGGACUGA